CAGCCGGAGAGGACAUUGCCCAGACUCUGUUUACCUCCCGGAGCUCUUAUACUAUUUCUCCACAGAAAAAAUGACCAAGCACAAAUACCGAAGAAGAAGGAAGUUGAGAGCUAGAAGCAAAAUGUUCAUCAAAAAAAGAAAAGCUAGUUCCUCUGAUCCUAUUCCAUCUCUUCUUCCUCCUUUCCCUCAUUCUUCUCCUUCUUCAUCUUCAACUCUACCUCCACCUGCAAGGAUAAUAGAUGCCUCUCUCACAAACACAUGUUGUGGCCAAAGUUAUCCAAAAUUAGCCUGGAGCAAAACAUUUUCCAAUGUGAAGAAUCUAAUGAAGUUCUUAGCAAAGAGGGUGUGGUCCUUCUGUUGGUAUUGCCAGAGCAGUAUUACACAGAAUUUAGAGAUAUUGAAAGACCGCCUAUUUCCAUCCCGUAUCUACUUCCGGGAACUCAGCCUGAUCAGACAGCAGGUUGACAGGCUGGAAAAUGAAUUCUACAAGCUCCAGGAAGCACUGAAGACCCCUGGCUCAGAGCAUUCUUCUUGCCAGGACUGCCAUAAAACAUUUCUCUUGAGAACUGAACUUCCAGAGGACCUUGCUCAAGCUCAAACCACUAUUGGAGAAUCAGCAUCCAUACUCCCACCCGUGACACUGCGACCUACGGUUCUCCUUCCUCCUCCUCCUCCUCCACCCCCUCCACCCCCUCCGCCACCCCUACCACCCCCACUACCUUUGCCUCUUCCAGUCCACUCAGCAUCUUUGUUGCUCAAAAAAGCCAACAGCACAAAAACACUUCAGGCUGCACCAUUAAAACAAGAUGUGCCCAUGCAUAUAACUGUUAAAGAUCUGCUCACUGUGAAGUUAAAGAAGACACAGAGUUCUACUAGUAGGAGUACGAUUCUGUCAUCACUGAAGGAAAGAAAGCCACUGAUUACAGUCUCUGAUCUUCAGAGUAUCUCCCUGAAACCUCAGUCCAGAUUUCCAUCAACUCACAUGACAAAUGUGAUAAUCACUCCCAGAAAAGGCCAGAUGGAUCUGAGGAGACAUCUUAGGAAAGUCAACAUAGAUAGGAGCCCAGGAGGUACCCCUCUUACCAAUAAAGAAAAUAUGGAAACUGGAACAGGGUUGACCCCAAUAAUGACCAGGGCCUUGCGGCAAAAGUUUCAGCUGGCUCACCCAAAGAGCCCUUCCCAAGCUCCAUUACUUUCUACAAACAGCUUUGAUGAAUAAAAUUUGUGUCAAUGAUGGAUCAUGUUUGAAGAUAAAAUAUUAAAUAGAUAUGCUCAAAUGUCAUUUUUAAGGAUUUCAAAACCCCAUAAUUCAUCCGUUGUGUGUCUGCACAGCAAAAAGUAUAGAUCUAAAUAUUGCCCACUUGUUUCAAUUUAGUAAACAUGUCCAAAUAGGAUAUUGUGGUUUUUUUGCCUUUGGUUGUCUAGAUGAUCACACUUAAUUAAAUCUCUGUCGUAUCCUUUCUCAUGAUAGGAUAUUUUGAGUGACUGACUUAGAUUCCAUUUUAAGAAGUCAUUUGUAAUUGCUACAUUUGCCAAACGAUAAAUAAAUAUAUAAUAGGGGCUGCAGCCCUACAUAUCUUUAUUCAAACAAGUAAGAGAUAGGAGCCUGAUGACCUCAAAAGGUGGAACACACUUCUUCCACUAUCUUGUGUAGCCAUUUCUAGCUCACCAUCAUGCCCUAGCAGCCCCUUACUUUUCAUAUUCUGUAUACAAGAAGCCAAAGGGAAGUUUCAUGGACAGCCCUGAUAGGUACUAUGCUUCUUCUACCAUGUCUCCUCCCAAGGGCUUCAUGAGCUCUAAAGCUGGUUGUGGGCACAAGGUCCUCUCUCCUGUAGUUCUAGCCAUGGAGCAGAGGGAGCUGUCAUUAAGCAUAAAACCAGGUCUGAGGCUGUUCAAGAAACUCAUCUGUUACUCUAAGAAUGAGGACAGCAGUCAAUGAAUUGACAAGGACAGCAGGGGUAGGAAGUACAGGGUCACAAAACCUCAGUAAGCUUACUACCUUUCUGGAUAAAAGUCAAUAUGAGACAAACAGAAGAUCCUCGGAAAGUUCCUAAGCCAAAAAUCUAGUUUAGGGAGUUUCCCAAAAUAGCUAGUAAUGUUCAAGCCUUGGUCCAAGUACAAUGGCCCUAGGAAAUUCCCAUCUGAGCUCUGAGGCUGUCUAUUCAAUCUGGGCCCUUUCUUAGACAAUCAUAUUUUUGAGAUACACAAGCAAGUGUCUUAACACUCACAAUGGAUAAAUACAGAAGCAAGAGUAAGACACACAUGCCAAAAAUGAAAUGUAUUAUAAAAAAACAGUAACUGUUGGCUGUUCUUGUAAACCUCUAGAACUAAGGGAAUGCUCAUGGAGGAAAUAGUUCAUUUAUUAUAGCAGAAUGGUGUUUUACAAGGCAUAAGUGAGUUUACGAUAGCUCUACUAUAUACUGUGUUCACUUUACAAAUAACUUGAUAAUUCACAAAGGAUGAAUACUGUUGUACCUCUUUGGUUACCAAAAAAUUGAAAAGGUUCUUUAAUAGGUAUUCAGAGGGAAGGUUCUAUAGGCAUCUGAUAACUAUAUAAGUAUAUGCAAAUACAUAUAUUUGUAAAGCUGCUAUGGCCAUCAUACCAGUAUUAAGAAAUAUUACAUGUUCCCCACAUUUACUUUUCAGCUUUUACUAAGCCCUUAUCACAGCUUGCUUUGUAUUUUUCAUAAUUCUGUAAACCUAGGGCUCCUUAAAACCACUAUGUACUGUAUGCUUUCUUAUUGAAAAUGAGUGAUGAAAUCAGGCCAACAAUUCUGGGGCCACUUAGCUAUUUCUUAACAAUAAAAAUUUUUUAAUACUU